GUGCUUUUGGAGUCUUGCAUUGCAUUGCAUCAUCCAUAGCCAAAAAAACAAAAUCCCUCUCUCUGCUCUGCAAAGAGUGUGGGUCUGUUCCUGCCCUUUUAUCUCUGCAUCCAUGUCGCCCACACACUUCGUGGCUUUCAACUCCAAAGAUUCACUUUUGUUCUAAAUUCCCUUUUUUUCUACUCUUCUUUUUCGCGGGUCUUUCUUCCUCCACAAUUUCCUGCUUCAAUUUUGGAGCUUCAGCAGAUCUUUUUGCAGAGAUUCUUGUGUAGGCAGUUAUAGAUUUUUCCUUUUUCUUUUUAAAAUUUUUCCUUUGGUUAUGUCUUUCUAUUUUUAUUUUUUUUUACCCGAGACAAGACAGCGACUGAGACUGUUGGUUGUAGAUCUUGAACUUGGUUUUUUUAACGUGUUCAUGUUUUUCCAAUGAUUCACUUCCAACCUUAUCACUGUCUCCCCAACUCUUUCUUCCAAUUCUCUGUUUUAACCAUCCUCUGCUAACUGAGCAAAUAUAAAAAAAACUUGGUGGGUUUGAACUGUUUGCUUGAAAUUUCAAAUUUUGGAACACAUGUUCCAUGAAAGCUACCUCCAAUUGUUAAAGACAUUAGGGUUUUUUGGGUGUUAAAGUUGUGAAGACAGAGUUUAGAGAGAGAGAAGCUUUUGAAGUUUGAAUUGGUCAGUCAGCAAAAUUGGGACUCAGAAAAACUGUGGGUGACUGGGAUUCUCUUUCUCAGUGGAAAUAUAAUUUGCAAAGUGAGGUUCUCUGAAUUGUGUUGGACACGUGGCAGUUAAUUUUUCUUCUGGUUCCAGCUUUGCUGUGAUCAUAUAUGCCUUUUAAGUCCUCAAUAUGCUAAAUUUGGGAAAAAUUACACGGAUGCAGCAAUCUUGCAGUGAAAAAGUUGUGUGAGAUGAUUACAUUCAUGGAUUCAAAGGAGAAAUCAAAAGAGGUGGAGAGGUGUUUGGAUCCUCAGCUAUGGCAUGCGUGUGCAGGAGGGAUGGUGCAGAUGCCAGCAGUGAAUACUAAAGUGUAUUACUUUCCUCAGGGCCAUGCUGAGCAUGCAUGUGGACCAGUUAACUUCAGGGCUUGUCCCAAGGUUCCACCUUUGGUUCCAUGCAAAGUGGUAGCUAUCAAAUACCUGGCUGAUCCUGAGACUGAUGAGGUCUAUGCUAAACUCAGGCUUGUUCCUAUGAAUACUAAUGAUGUUGAUUAUGACCGUGAUGCUGUUGGGCCUGAAACUCAGGAAAAGCCUGCUUCAUUUGCAAAGACCUUGACCCAAUCUGAUGCUAACAAUGGUGGGGGGUUUUCUGUUCCUAGAUAUUGUGCCGAGACAAUUUUCCCUCGUUUGGAUUACUCCGCUGACCCUCCUGUUCAGAACAUCCUCGCCAAGGAUGUUCAUGGUGAAACAUGGAAAUUCAGGCACAUUUAUAGGGGCACGCCGAGGCGGCAUCUAUUGACUACUGGAUGGAGUACUUUUGUGAAUCACAAGAAGCUUGUUGCUGGGGACUCAAUUGUGUUUCUGAGAGCUGAAAAUGGGGAUCUAUGUGUUGGGAUUCGCCGAGCGAAGAAGGGUAUUGGUGGUGGACCUGAGGCUUCUUCAGGGUGGAACCCUGCAGGUGGAAAUUGUGCCGGGCCUUAUGGUGGGUUUUCGCCCUUUUUGAGGGAGGAUGAGAGCAGGAUCCUCAGAAAUGGUAACAGCAAUGGGAUGAAUCCAAGUGUGAGCAUGAUGGGGAGGGGAAAAGUGAGGCCAGAAGCUGUAAUUGAAGCAGCAACUCUUGCCGCCAAUAAGCAGCCCUUUGAGGUUGUUUACUUCCCUCGGGCUAGUACUCCCGAGUUUUGUGUGAAGGCCCCAUUAAUUGAAACAGCACUGCAGAUAAGGUGGUGUUCUGGAAUAAGGUUCAAGAUGGCCUUUGAGACAGAGGACUCUUCGCGAAUAAGUUGGUUUAUGGGAACGAUAUCUUCAGUUCAGGUUGCUGAUCCUCUUAACUGGCCUAACUCACCUUGGAGGCUUCUCCAGGUUACAUGGGAUGAACCAGAUUUACUUCAGAAUGUAAGAAGAGUGAGCCCAUGGCUGGUUGAAUUGGUAUCAAGCAUGCCUGCCAUUCAUGCUUCCCCUUUCUCACCACCACGGAAGAAACUGAGAUUGCCUCAACACCCGGAUUUCCCCCUUGAUGGCCAGAUUCCUGUUCCAACAUUUCCCGGCAACCUUCUAGGUCCCAGCAACACCAAUCCAUUUGGUUGUCUACCCGAAAGUACUCCUGCUGGCAUGCAGGGAGCCAGGCAUGCUCAUUAUGGUCUAUCCUUAUCAGAUCACCUCAAUAAAGUGCAGUCAGGUCUACUUCCAGUUGGGUUCCCGCCUCUUGAUCAUGCUGCUAUGCGGAUGAGGGUCUCCAAUAACCUCAUAUUGCAAAAGCCCAGGAUGAGUGAGAAUAUCUCUUGCUUACUAUCUAUGGCAAAUUCGACGCAGUCUUCAAAGCAACUGAAUGAUGGGAAGACAACCGAGCUUGUGCUUUUCGGCCAAAAAAUUCUCACAGGGCAACCGAUCUCUCAGAGCAGCUCUGGUGAUACAGUCUCCCCAGUUCCUACUGGAAACUGUUCAUCAGAUGGAAAUGCUGAUAAAGUGACUAAUUUUUCUGAUGGUUCUGGAUCUGCUCUUCAUCAACAAGGCCAACACGAACGCUCCUCUUGUGAUAGGUUCCAGUGGUAUAGGGAUAACUGCCAAGAAACUGAGACUAGUUUGGAGACUGGUCACUGUAAAGUUUUUAUGGAAUCAGAAGACGUUGGGCGGACUAUGGACCUCUCGUUGCUCAGGUCAUACGAUGAACUGAACAGAAAGCUGGCAGACAUGUUUGGCCUAGAAAAAUCUGAGAUGUUAAGUCAUGUGCUCUAUCGGGAUGUAACUGGGGUCGUAAAGCACAUUGGCGAUGAACCUUUCAGUGACUUCACAAGAACAGCAAAGAGGUUGACAAUUCUAAUGGAUUCCGGAAGCGACAAUGUAAGAGUUUAGUGAAGCAAAAAAAUAAGCCAUUCUUUCAAUUGUACAGAUGGUUCAUGAAGUCAUCUAUUCCCGUUUCUGACCCUUUACACCCUUCCUGGAGCAAUGGAAGGAGGCAGUCUCAUCUAAUUUUUGAAUAUCAAACUCUCCAGAUAAAUGUUUCUAGUCUAUCUCAAAGGGGAUGUUUGGAUUUUGAAAUUUUGGUUGGAGUGAUCAUAACUUGUGUUUUUCCUUUUUUUUUUUUGGUUUUAAAUUUUAUUUUAUCCUUUGUCUACACGAGUUUUCUUUUUAAAUUUUGUUGGGAGGAAAAGGUGGUAGAGGAGGAUUGGGUUGUAUGUAGUAAAAAUACAAAAGUAUUCAAUUUGAAUCUUGCUCCUGUAUUUGCCUGUUCAGGUUGUACCAUUUUCUUCUUGUUGCGGCCUAUAAAGUUUUUACAGUUACAAUUUAAUCUUGCAUUAAAUGUAAUUCUAUGGCUGAAAAUUUAUGUACAUCUCUCC